UAAGCUAUUAGGGAAGUGCAAUAAACUAAGUCAAGGUAGUUCAUUGUAGAGCAAUGGGUAUUUCAAUCUCCAAGUUUGUAAAAAUGUUAUUCGCAAAGAAAGAAAUGAGAAUAUUGAUGGUAGGACUCGAUGCAGCUGGCAAAACAACCAUCUUGUACAAGUUAAAACUUGGCGAAAUUGUCACUACCAUACCUACCAUUGGAUUUAACGUGGAGACAGUGGAAUACAAGAAUUCCAGCUUCACGGUAUGGGAUGUGGGUGGACAAGAUAAGAUCCGGCCUCUAUGGAGACACUAUUUUCAGAACACACAGGGUCUAAUAUUUGUGGUAGAUAGUAAUGAUCGUGAUCGAAUUUCAGAAGCCAGAGAUGAGCUACAUCGCAUGCUUAACGAGGAAGAAUUACGAGGCGCCACAAUUCUUGUAUUCGCGAAUAAACAAGACCUUCCAAAUGCUAUGAAUGUUGCAGAUAUCACUGAUAAACUUGGCCUGCAUUCACUCCGUCAACGACGCUGGUAUGUCCAGAGUGCUUGUGCAACAUCUGGCCAGGGGCUUUAUGAAGGUCUUGAUUGGUUAUCACAUAAUAUCACCGGCAAGGCAUAAAUUCAGAGCAGCAUCCAGCACAAGAAAAUCCUGUUCUUUAAACCCAAACGCGUUGAUUUUAAUAGAAGCUGUGGCUAUACGUAUAUUCUGAUGCAGCAUUUCAUUAUCGUAAACGAUACUAUUGAAUUCCACGAUUUUUGCCUAUCUGUGUAUGAUUGAAUUUCAUAAUUUAUGAAUGUGGUUGAAAUAUUUAAGUCACUGGACAUUCCUAACGUGGACUAUAUAGGGUAAAUUCAAUAUGAUAUAAACACUCGUCGGUAUUCAUGUCUUCCUUCA